UAUUGGACCCAGUUAGAAAGGAUGGAGAAGACGCUGCUAGCUGUGCCCGCAGCAAGUACUGUUCGCUUCCAUUGCCGUGCAGCAGGCAACCCCACCCCAUCCAUAUACUGGCUGAAAAAUGGCAAAGAAUUCAAGGGAGAACAUCGAAUUGGGGGCAUCAGAUUACAGCAUCAGCAGUGGAGCCUAGUGAUGGAGAGCGUGGUUCCGUCAGACCGAGGGAACUACACGUGCAUUGUAGAGAACAAAUAUGGCAGCAUUAGGCACACUUACCAGCUACAGGUACUAGAAAGGUCCCGCCACCGGCCUAUUCUCCAGGCUGGACUGCCUGCCAACCAGACUGUGGUGGUAGGGAGUGAUGUCGAAUUCCACUGCAAGGUGUACAGUGAUGACCAGCCUCACAUCCAGUGGCUGAAACACGUGGAAGUCAACAGCAGCAAAUAUGGAUCCAAUGGGACGUAUGUCACGGUACUGAAGACGUCAAGUGUUAACACAGCGGAUAAGGAGCUGGAAAUUCUGUACUUGCGAAAUGUUACUUUUGAGGAUGCAGGGGAAUAUAUUUGUCUCGCUGAGAAUUCUAUGGGGUUUUCACAUCAUUCUGCUUGGCUGACGGUUCUACCAGAGCUAGUGGAGGCGGAUGAUUCUGGCUCCGUUUUUGCUGUCAUCCUCAGCUGUGGGGUUGGCUUCGGCUUCAUUUUCUUCUUCUUGGUGGUGGUCAUCAUAAUUGUCUGUAGGGUGAAAAUGACCAACAACGAUGCCAUGAACACCCCUACUGUACAGGUAACAGAAAUCUUCAAUAUUCAAAGAUUACCGGUGUCAUUGGAGUCAAACCCUUCCAUGAAUUCCGGUACCCCGCCGGUCAAUCUCACCUGCGUCUCAUCCAGUGAUGGGCAGAAGCUAGCAAAUGUUUCAGAGCUCGAGCUGCCUGCUGAUCCCAAGUGGGAAUUAACGAGAUCUCGCCUGACUCUGGGGAAGCUUCUGAGUGAAGGUUGUUUUGAUCAAGUGGUGAUGGCAGAAGCGACUGGGAUCGAUAAGGACAAGCCAGACAAGGCCAUCACUGUAGCUGUCAAGAUGUUAAAAGAUGAUGCUACUGACGAGGAUCUUUCUGUCCUGGUGUCCGAAAUGGAAAUGUUGAAAAUGAUUGGGAACCACAAAAAUAUCAUUAACCUCCUAGGCACCUGCACGCAGGAUGGCCCACUUUACAUUCUGGUAGAAUAUGCGUCAAAAGGGAACUUGCAGGAAUAUCUCCAGGAUCGUCGGCCGCCCGACAUAUUUUCACUCUACUCCUGCAAGCUGCCGGAAGAGCAGUUAACAUUUAAAGAUUUAGUCUCGUGCGCCUACCAGGUGUCCUGUGGCAUGGAGUAUUUGGCGUCUCAGAAAUGCAUUCACCGAGACUUGGCAGCCAGGAAUGUGUUAGUCACUGAAGACAAUGUGAUGAAAAUAGCCAAUUUCGGCCUAACCAGAGAUGUUGGCGACGUCAGCUGUUACAAGAAAACAACCAGUGGUCGGCUGCCUGUGAAAUGGAUAGCUCUGGAAGCAUUGUUUGACGGGGUCUACACUCACCAGAGCGAUGUCUGGUCUUUUGGAGUGCUGCUAUGGGAGAUCUUUACUUUCGGGGGGUCUCCAUAUCAGGGAAUUCAAAGCAAGGAACUCUUCAAAUUCUUAAAAGAAGGCAAUCGGCUGGACAAGCCAGCAAACUGCACUCAUGAUCUGUACAUGAUCAUGAAGGAGUGCUGGCAUGUAGUCCCAUCGGAACGGCCAACCUUUACGCAGCUAGUGGAAGACCUGGAUAGGGUCCUUACUGUAACAACAACUGAUGAAUACCUUGACCUCUUCGUGCCAUUUGAGCAGUAUUCCCCUGCCCGCCAGGACACACACACAGCACCCACUCUUCGGGAGACUAUUGUGUAAUGAAGCCUCUUCUGUGAAACUGCUUGGAAAUACUGAGAGACUAUAUAGAUGUACAUUCCUUUAACAAAUUACAUUUAAUGUUAUAAAUAUAUAUAUAUUUUUUUAAAUUAGUUUAACCUGGAUUGCAGUGAGCAAAGGUAAGUUUAUUUUGCAAUACAUCAUCAGUGGUUAAAUCCAAACAAAUAACAGAGAGACGAUUUUUACAUAUUUGAAAAUCUAAGGCCAAGAAUUCUUCCAUCAGUUUAACCACUAGGCAUUAAGGAAGUGUGGGUGUUUUAUUUUUCUAUUUUUGAAUGAAGGUAUCUUUGAGGUUGAUCUUAAAAACAAGUAUGCGGCAAAGCUAAAUGUUGACUUUGAAUGAUACUAUUAUUUAUUUAUUUUUCUCCUUGCCGGUAUCAUUGCAUUGUCGGAUUUAAGAAAUAACACACUGGCCAAACAGCAAGAAGAGCCACAUUCUUUAUAGGGGAAGUACAAUGAUUGUAUAUCACUUUUAAGUCUAACGCAUGCAAAAAAUCCCAAUAAUGCCUAAUUUACUGGACUUACCUUUUGUAUGCUAUUUAUAUGCCUCUGUGACAAACCACUGUUUCAAAGCACACUAACUUAAGAGGGGAACUUUAGUAUGGACCAAGAAGGCAUGGGGAGGUAUUUUUGUGAGAAGAUUUUAACUCUUUUACUAACACAAAGAGGCAAAUAUCAUAAUAACAUGGUGGUUUGGUUUAUUUUUUCUCCUGUGCAUACGACAUAUCAGUGAUUCAAAAUAACAGGCUGACAGCAUCUCACAUUAGUAUUAUUUUUUAGCACCACAAGGCUCUUCUCAUAAAUGUAGUAAUUUAUACUUUGAGGUUAUGUCAGUGGAAGUUCUUGAGAAAGUAGAUUUCUAUAGAUUUGUUGGGGGGGGUUAAUUAAAAGAAAUGUUGGUAUUUUCUUACAAAUGUUUGCUAAUUGUACAUUCCAAGUACCUAAAGCAUUAGGUUUCCCAUUAAAAAUGUACAAAUUUGUGCAUGAUUUCAAAUGUUAUUAGAUAUUAUAGAUAUAUAAUGUAGUGAGGUUUUUACAAGAUGUAUCUGUAGACUUGUUGACUUUAACAUUUCUGAUACAAUGCUUAUAUAGUCUUAUAGCCUGGACUGUUAUCUUUUAAAGCUUUUAAAAAAAAAUUCUGAUUUUGUUGCAUUUUAUACUGUUGAUGUUACAAUCCACAGAUUUGCACAAUGUGAAAUUUUUUUU